AUGCAAAUUUUUUUCAUAUUCUUCUUUAUUCAUAUUCACAUAAUUGUGUUCUCGAUAAAAACUGAAAUAAAAUUUAGUCUUAAUGUUCCAUCAUUAUUUCGAUGUAAACGAAAUGGACGUGUUUUUUAUUUUGAUAAUUUUCCAACAGAUCGAUUAUUUAAUCAAACUAUAACAAAUCAAAUCAAGAAUUGUGAUUUAUCUUUGAUAACACCAGAUAAACGUAUUAUAUUUGAUGUUGACAAACUUAUUUCACAAUGUAAUUUUCAAUUUUCAAACUUAGAAGAUCGUAUUAAUGAAAUAUUAUUUUUUAAAUCAAAUUGUUCAAUAGAUGAUCGAUGUAUACGAUUAACACCAUCAUUUGCAACAAUAAUUACAAAUCAUAGAACUACCAUAUCAAACAAACCAACAUUAAUCGAUUUUGAUAUCAGAGGAAUUGGAACAGAAAAUAUUCAAAUAGGUGAAGAAGAUCAAUAUGUUUUUUCUUCGAAUGAUGAUGGUUAUACAAAAAGAGGUUUUAGGAAAAAUCAAAUCGUUUUUAAAAUGAAACAAGAUAAAUAUCUAAAUAUGAUGUGCGAAUAUACUUAUAUAAAUGAUCCAAAAAAUAAAAAAUCUAUUUGUCGUUUUCAAUAUGGGAUUUUCAAAAAUUUUAUUCAAAUAAGAAGUGGAAAAAUGACUUCAUCAGGAGAAGGUUGGACAUGGCUAUGUUAUUAUUAUCCAUCGGAUGCCGAAGAUCCAAUGGAUGACACCAUGAUUAGUAAAGCUGUAAGUGUUAUUUUAGAAGUUAUCAAUAAUAGGAAAAAAACCAAUAUUAAUGUAAUGAAAUAG